CGAGAAAUGAGGACACCUGUAUGUAUGUCUUCUGGGAUGAUCUGUUCCUCCUGAGGAGGAUGAUGUGGUUGUUGUGAGAGGAAGGGGAGAAGUGACAGUGUGGAUCAGUGCCAUGCAAGGAUUGGACCCGGAAUGUGAAGAUCCCGCCCACCUCUUCUUCUACUGAAGGCCCCCUGGACUGCGGAGUCUAUGCAAUCAGGACAAUCAACGGACUGCAUACCAAUCAACCAUGAGCUUCCUCUUCGACUCCAUCCUCAUGGUCAUUUCUCAGCUGCUGUUCUUUGGCUUUGGUUGGCUGUUUUUCAUGCGGCAACUCUUCAAAGACUAUGAGGUCCGGCAGUAUGUCGUUCAAGUCGUCUUCUCGGUGACUUUCGCUUUCUCCUGCACUAUGUUUGAACUGAUUAUUUUUGAGAUCCUGGGACUGUUAAGUAGCAGCUCCAGAUACUUCCACUGGAAGCUCAAUCUCUGUGUGAUCCUAUUGGUCCUGGUCUUCGUGGUCCCGUUUUACAUUGGCUACUUUGUGGUGAGCAAUAUUCGACUGUUGCAUCGGCAGAGGUUACUCUUCGCCUGCGUCGUGUGGUUGACGUUUAUGUACUUCUUCUGGAAACUGGGGGACCCCUUCCCCAUUCUCAGCCCAAAGCACGGAAUCCUCUCCAUUGAGCAGCUGAUCAGCCGGGUGGGUGUCAUUGGGGUGACACUGAUGGCCUUACUGUCUGGUUUUGGUGCUGUGAAUUGUCCUUACACCUAUAUGUCCUACUUCUUAAGGAAUGUGACAGAAGCAGACAUUCAGGCCCUAGAGCGAAGAUUGCUGCAAACCAUGGACAUGAUUGUCAGCAAGAAGAAGAGGAUAGCAACGGUACGAAGGAAUAUGUUCCAGAAGGGGGAGGAGCAAAGCCGCCCUGGUGGAUUCUGGGGGAUGAUAAAGAGUGUCACGUCUUCAGCUCCUGGCAGUGAAAACCUCUCUCAGAUCCAACAGGAGGUGGACGCUCUGGAGGAACUGAGCCGGCAACUCUUUUUGGAGACUGUGGACCUUUAUGCCACCAAGGAGAGAAUCGAAUAUUCUAAAACCUUCCAAGGCAAAUACUUCAAUUUCCUGGGUUACUUUUUCUCUAUUUACUGCGUUUGGAAGAUAUUUAUGGCUACAAUCAACAUCGUAUUUGACAGAGUUGGCAAGACUGACCCUGUGACCAGAGGGAUCGAGAUUACUGUGAACUACCUGGGCAUUCAAUUUGAUGUGAAGUUCUGGUCCCAACACAUUUCCUUCAUUUUGGUGGGAAUCAUCAUUGUCACCUCAAUCAGAGGGCUUCUUAUCACACUCACCAAGUUCUUCUAUGCCAUCUCCAGCAGCAAGUCCUCCAAUGUCAUCGUCCUGCUUCUGGCUCAGAUUAUGGGCAUGUACUUUGUGUCCUCGGUACUCCUCAUCCGGAUGAGUAUGCCUUUGGAAUAUCGCACCAUCAUCACAGAGGUCUUGGGGGAGCUUCAGUUUAACUUCUACCACCGUUGGUUUGACGUCAUCUUCUUGGUCAGCGCCUUGUCCAGCAUCCUCUUCCUGUACUUGGCACACAAGCAGGCCCCGGAGAAGCACAUGACCUUAUAACAAUGACUGCCUAGAGACCUCAUUUUGUUCCAUGGCGCGAUUGACAUUGAGAGGCCGGGCGGAGGUUCUGUCCAAUCAAGGAGAACUUGGGAAAUGAUGUGGUGGAACCACCAAACCCAAUAGGCAUGACCUCCUCUGUACCUCUGUUAUCCACUGUGACCCUUCGAAGAAGAGAUUCUGAACCUUGACCAUCACAAUGACGGAGCUUCUAGUAAAGACCUUCAACACUGGCGUUUAGUUAUUUUUAUGAACUUUUAGGUCUUGAAUGGAUGUCUGCACUGUCAAGGUUUUAUGUAAAAGCCAUCAACACCGGAUGGGUUUUUCUUCGAAUAAAAGUUUUAAUUUUACAAA